AGCGGCUAGGGCAUCAUGCAGCUGAUCCUGAUGGCCAUGCCGCGUGGAGACCCCGACAGAGACAGCGACGGCAACAACGACCACAACUACAACAACUGCAGUGCGGGCACUGCACACAGCAACAACACCCAGCACCAGCACCGCGGCGACAGCUCAGCACAGGACUUCACUCUCAUCGACCACGCCAGCAGCAACGACAAUGAUACACGCAGUGGUUUCAUCAUCAACAACAACAACAUACACAAUCACAGCAGCAACAGAAAUAGCGGCAGCAGUAGCCGUAGUGAUAGUAGAGGUAGGAGUUCCGAGCUGCCGAGCCAGACCACCGCUCCAGGACAUGCCAGCACCACUUGUCUCGUGACCCCAGUGGGCGUGUCUGUUGUAGACGCCGACAACCUCGUGCUGCGUUCGAAUCCGGUGCUAUUUCAUGACGGAGGCAGGCCCUCUAUCUAUGACCAGAGAAGCCGUCCGCUCCUCCACCCCCUGUACACCACACUGGGAAGUAGCGGCGGUGAGAGUAGUACGCAGCAGACACACGGAAACGAGACAGCCCUCACAACAGCAACUGAAACAUACGACGCAGUUUUUACGCGUGGCGGCGUCUUGACGCUUGACCCCCAGGGCGUUGCAGGUGGUAGCGACAGUUUAGUAGUAUCAUGCGGUGUAGACACCAGUGGCGUAAACGAGAUUAUCACGCAGUCCGCCUCUUCCCGCCCGGCGGAGGCGAUAUGUUCUAUAGUAGACGAGAAUAUGAACUUCUUCAGUAGACACCCCAUAGACCCCACCCAGGUGGAGAUAUCAGCUCCCUGUCACAUUGACAACGACUGGCGGUCGACACCGGCGGAGACCGUGGCGGUGGGGCAGUCUUUCAGGCAGCGAGAAGCUUUCCUUGAGGGUGGCAGUGGCCAUGAAGUCACCAUGUUGUCACACCAUGGUCACAUCAGACAGCAGCACUCUGUUCUUUCACAUCAUAUAACGCCUUCUUACCCGGAGCGGACGUUACUUUUGCCUUUAGACUGCGAAUCUCUCAUUGCGUCUCGCCGCGCUCUGUUAUCUGGCGAGGUUAACGUUGUACCUUUAGAAACCAACAGACUCCCGAUUUGGACGCCACUUGCGCGACGCGACAACGCUCCUGUCGUACCUACCUGCCUGGCGUUGCUUCAACCUAACGCCAGCGUUUCACAGUCGUCGACUACUGCUACCGUCGCUAGUGAUCCUAGCGUUAUGUUCACGCCAAUCAGGGAAGAACAACCCGAUGUUAAAACAAGUUCAACUGAAGAGAGCCCGAGCAGCGAAAAGUUCACGGACUUCGUUCACCAUCCUCGUCACCACGCAUGCGAUGCCGCCCUGCCGCGGCGUAAAGACAGCUUGGUGGAGUGCCACGCCUCGAUGUUAGAGGAGUACCUCAGCGACGGUCCGGACGACGGCGUGGAGCUUCUGUACUCACAGGGCGCCAGGCCUUUGUUAGACUCCCCCCACUUCUACAACGGCCUGUCGUCCGCCUACGACGACGCUGGCGCUCACGCUUCCUCCGCGGCAGCGAAUUCGGCGGAAUUUUCUCUCCCCCCACAAUGGCGGGCCGACUCUGUGCAGGCACAGGCGUCAGUGGACGAGGAGGUUGCUAUGGUGACGUACGGUCACGUAGAGGAGGAGGAGGAGAUGAUGACCGUGGAGUUUGACCAUGAUGACGUAGGGCUGGAUGCGGACGUCUCUUCCAGGCCGGCGAACCCGGUGGCCAAUAUACUGGACAGCGGGGGUAGAGAGCACUUUGUACCCGUUCUCACCGACGUCUUUCAUACGGCGAGCAGGAACAACUGACACCCCCCC